GAUACUGGCUCCUCCAGCGACGCGCUCUGGUAUCGCUCAGCUGCCGCAGAAUACUUCUGCAAACAUAGAUCUUUCCAAAUUUCUAUCGGAGUAUUAGCACUCCGAGGUGUUACCGAGAGUACGAAACGGACCGGGUGUUUCGUUUACCAGACGCUGCGAAGGAUGAAUGCGGUGUUCCGACAACAGUGGGUUGGACACACAGGCGAUGCUUCCUCGAAUCGGGAAAGUUGUUCUACAGUGCAGCGCUGUAGUAUCGGUUUCAGUAGAUCAUAACGUAGCUCGUCGCCGACGCUGCUGAUUGCUGAAAAGUAUCCAUCGUUGAGCUCAGGUGGCUAGGGCUUCGAUACGGGGGCGUACAGUCGACGUGGGCUGUAGCGACUCGCUGGCAAUAUUGCACCAGCGAAGGAACUUUGAACUUGUCGUCCGGUAAAGUCAUCGUGUGGGUGAAGAGGACGGAGGAAUAGGACUGCUGCGUUACAACCUGCAGUCGAGAACACGAUGAUUGUGAUCAGGGAAGCGUUCCGCUGAUCGCUGAUAAGUUGAUGGCUGUCGGAUCAGUUCGAAUGAGGAAAGGGCCUGCCCUGGCCUGCCGCCUUUGUUUCUUUGACCAUGAACUUGGCAUGGUCGACUAUGCUAUUGGUCAACAUUUCACAUAGUGCAAUACGAGGAUUUCCCUGACUAAAUGUGUCAACCCCGGCCUGUCAGGCUUCUCGAGAUCGAUAGCUCCUUCAAGUUUUACCAAACUCGACCAUAAUCUCUCACUGCUCUCGGCAACUAGAAUUCGGAGAGAUGCCCCGAUCUAUCUGGCUGUUCGCCUCUUUUAACCGGUGCCAAUGCUCGCUGGCCAACGGCAGACCAAGCAGCUGAGCUGAUAGUCCUGUCUUUCCGCUAUGCAAAGCGCCACUCUGCCGCGUCUCCACGUUCGGGAUGCUCACGACGCGCACGUCGUCUUUGAAGCUACACGACUAGGUCGCAACACCGCGCCUGACGUCAUGCACUGUCCUGACCUUCCCAGGCCUUCUGCAACCCAUAACUCGACGCUUGAACAAACAGGAGAGGGCCUUGCUUAUUCACUCUGGCGCCGUGUUCGUUUGGCAUGAGUCCUGUUUGCCGUCUGGACUCAAGCGAUGGACUGAUGGAAGGAUUUGGGGCCAAUCUCGGUUGAGAGAGCCUUAUCUCUUCUACGACGAGAAGCAAGCUGAGGAUUUCAGCGAAUCCUCCAGCUCUCCCGGAUUUCGUUUUGUGCAAGGGGCAACUUUCGGUCGCCAGUCUUCCUCAGCACUGGCUCACCGAGAACGGGGACAGUCACAUGUGGGACUCGUCAAGCAAGCCUACUCUACCUGGGUCUACUCUGGGCCUGGUUCUAGUGCUUGUAAGUGGCACAUUGUCGCCUACUUCACAUACGAUGACCUUCCUCUGCUGCCGACGGCCGAUGUUGACCCUUGCUUGCAGAAAAUCGUCGUUCCGGACGGCGUGUACUCUCAGCACGGAGACAGAGUGAAGCGGGACGAGUCAGUCGAAUAUGCCCAGUCUGUGUCCUCCUCCCCGCCAGUGGACUGGACCGCCCGCACCCUCCCCUCUAUCCCACCGGCGGCCGAAGUUGGCUCUUCGUCCCGUAUCGCAGAGGAUAAUCGCGUCAUCCGGAUACUUGACAGGAAAUUUUUCGGGAAAUAAAUGCUAGCUGUCAUACACAAUUUUAUUUGGCUGGUCUUGUCCCCGGGAUCCAGAUUGGUCGUGUCAGAUAUCGGCGUCCGGCGCCUUGGCGUCGACAGACCUUGUUCUCUUAGAUCUCUUGUUACUUGAAGGGAUUGCCGUCAAUAUAUUGUACAACCAUCCUCUAGCAACCAAUCCCAGCGCCGGAAAUGAUCCCAGCAGAACAGAUUCAGAUUACGAUAAUCACAAGCCCCUAUCUGUCAACCACGUGCGUCGGCCACCCACUGCUUAGUGAAAUUUUUGCUCCUGCAACAUUCGAGUCUGCUACCGUGCCUUUGUAAUUGUAUCCGUCUGUUGUAACACCACCCACCUUUCAACAUGUGCGGAAUCCUUGGUCUUCUCCUUCAUGAUCCAAACAUCGAUGCCGCGACCGAAAUCUGUGAAGGACUCUCGUUAUUGCAACAUCGGGGACAAGAUGCAUGCGGGAUCGUGACUUGUGGACCUAAAGGUCGUUUCUACCAAUGCAAGGCCAACGGCAUGGUCCGCGAUAUUUUCGAUACGAACUCGAUAUCAAAACUGAUUGGAGGCAUGGGCGUUGGACAUGUUCGUUACCCUACUGCUGGAAGCUUCAACAAUGCCGAGGCACAACCAUUCUAUGUCAACUCUCCGUAUGGAAUCGUCUUUGCUCACAAUGGGAACCUUAUCAACACUAGCUCCCUGCUGCAGUACAUGGAUGCGACUGCCCACCGCCAUAUCAACACUUCUUCUGACUCGGAACUUCUGCUCAACAUCUUCGCCAACAAUCUGCAGCAGACGGGCAAGUUCCGUAUCAACGAGGAGGAUAUCUUCACGGCGUUGGGAGGGAUGAUGACCCAAGUCAAGGGCGCCUACGCCUGUGUCGCCAUGCUCGCCGGCUUUGGAAUCAUGGCCUUUCGAGAUCCUAACGGGAUCCGUCCCGUGGGUAUGGCAGUCCGGAAGUCAGGCACCGGCAACGAUUAUCUGUUCGCCAGCGAAAGCGUGGUUGCCGAUGCCGGUGGGUUUGGUGACUGGGAAGAUGUCCGUCCGGGUGAAGCGGUGAUCAUCACUCGCAGUGGCGUUUCCCGCCGUCAAGUUGCAGCUCCGGCUACGUUCGCGCCGGACAUCUUCGAAUAUGUGUAUUUCGCCCGUCCAGAUUCCGUUCUCGACGGAAUCAGCGUCUACCGAAGUCGGAUGGCUAUGGGCGAUGCUCUGGCUGACGAAGUGAAGCGCGUGCUGGAUGAAAACGACCUCACUGUCGACGUUGUCAUUCCUGUCCCUGACACCUCACGAGUGGCUGCGUUAAACCUGGCCCAAAAGCUCAAGUUACCGUAUCGGGAAGGGUUUGUCAAGAACCGCUACGUUGGUCGAACCUUCAUCAUGCCAGGCCAGGAGAUGCGGAAGAAAAACGUGCGCCGAAAGCUGAAUGCGAUGGCUCUUGAGUUCGCAGGAAAAAACGUGCUGCUCGUGGAUGAUUCCAUCGUGCGAGGGACAACGUCCAAGGAGAUCAUCCAAAUGGCGAAAGAUGUCGGGGCUAAGAAGGUCAUCGUGGCUAGUUGCGCGCCGCCGAUUCGGUAUUCUAAUGUCUAUGGGAUCGACAUGCCCUCGCGGCAAGAACUGGUAGCCUACGGACGAGACACGACCACGAUCGCAAACACCAUCGGCGCCGAUCUGGUCAUCUUCCAGACGUUAAAUGACCUCGUCGAUUCUGUGCGGCAGUUUAACCCGUCCAUCACGGCAUUCGACUGCUCGGUAUUUACGGGCCAGUAUGUCACGGGCGGUGUAGAUGAAGAUUAUCUAUCCCAUCUGGAGAGCCUCCGCGCUGACAACGUCCGGGAGAAGUCGAUGGCCAACCACGUAUCACCUGCGCCCCGAGUGAACGGUACCGACGCUAACGGCAUCCAAGUAACCGGGGUAGCCAGCGACGUUUCUUUGGGCUCAAAUGUACAGCCCACUGCCAACAGAUCAGAUGACACGGUGGGACUACACAACACUUGGAAAUCAUGACAUGAAUAGAAUGCGCGAAGCUGUAAUUAUAGAUAUAUAUGAAUUGUUUGUCGCAAUUGUUGUAUCCCACGUUGCAGGUUUUUUAGAUCAUGACUAGUAUCGUCUUCCCCUCGGAUUGCUGUGCGGACCCUGAUAUGGGGAGUAGUCUGGCGGGGGGCGGCCGCCCGACUUGACCGGCGGAGGAGACGGUGGUAUUGGCUUCAAACUUGGGAUCCUCACAUUCUUCAACGUCAUCAAGAAAUUCUCAGUGUUGAAGACAGGUCCUGCUUGCGAGAUCAGCAGAAGUUUCUCCGGGAUAGCGUUGGUGAACGCACCGUCAAACGUCUCGGGGCCCGGCAACAUCAUCACGAAAUCGUGCAGAACCGACGGCAGCUUCACCUCCUGACGCGUCGGAGGCUGUUUCUGCGCUGGAGGUGACGGAAAUCGGCGGUUGCGAUCUCGAUCAUCCUGCCGAGGACGUUUGUGCUCUGCGCGCUCCGCAACUGGAGGGGGACGCUUGUUGGAGAUCUGAGAUACGGGAUUCAACGGCGCUGGUGCCGAGACCGUAGAUGAUGGAAUAGAGGACGUCGACUGGCUGUUCGCAUUGCCCAGCUUUCGAGUUUUGGAAAAGCCCAAGUCGUGGUCCGCAAUGGCGUCAAUGCCGUAGUAGGUAUACCUUUGAGCGAACCGUUUGAUGGGAGCGUCUGAUGGCCAUGAGGUGCUGCUGGAGAAGAGAGUCUCGCUUGAACGCACCAGCAGGAUAAACCUCUGCCAUUCGUCGCUCGAGUUCCAUCACGGCUUCCAAAUCAUCGAACUGAUAACGUGCUCUCGUCCAUCGCUCCCAGAUUGGUUUGGCGUCCUUUGGGGGAAACGUGCCAAUCACCCGCUCGAAGAGUGCUCUGGCGUCUGGUAACAGAUGUCUCAUUCGGUAUCUGAAGAGAAGAAAACCCACGCACUGUUUUCGUCGUUGAUGUUGAUGAGAAACGCCAAAUGACAGUCAACGUAUUGCGCAUCUGUUCCGAACCUCUUCAUGCCAGCUUCGAAGAUACGUGUGGCCACCGCCGUGCCGUCCUCUUGAUUACACCGAUGCUCCGUCAUAGCUGACACAGCCCCAUUAGAAAAGACACCGCUCCAUCCGCGGGGGUUCACCCACCAGCUGCCUCGAACACCUCAAAGGGAAUGUAUUCGUCCUUCCGUGCCUUUCCGAAUGCUUCACGAUGGGCGAGUUGGCCUUGAGAACGACGGGCGAAUCGCAUAUAGUUGAUCCAGACGUUUCCAAAUUGCUUCCUCUUUUCCUCGAGUUCUUCCUUCAGUUGCUUGAUUUGCUGUUGCUUGUGAUCUGACAGUUUCCUCUGUUCAACUUCGGCUGCGACGCCCAUGCCAGGAGCAAAGUCCAUUCCGUUCGGGUCAAAUGCGGGCUCCUCCUUCGGUUCUUCCGGAGCAGAGGCUGCAGAUAUCGCCGCCGUCAACCGUGCAAGCUCAGGCCGCAGAGUUUUGAAAAAUCGGUCAUAGACGCCGUCUACUUCAGCAUAGUUCUUCGUGUCUUUUUUCAUCUCAGCUUUCUCAAGCAGCUCGACAUAAGC